ACUUAUAUGUUUUAGCCUCCAGUCCCCUAAUCAUCUUUGUUGCUCUUUGUUGAUUGAUUUGUUUGAUUUGAUUUAUAUUCCACCUUUAUUUUGUACAAUUCAGGGUGGCAUACAUAAUGCUCCUACCUGUUUCCCACAACAAGAAUCAUACUGGUAUGAAUUGAGCUGAACUGAAAGAGAGAAACUGGCCCAAAGUCACCCAGCCAUUUCUGAGUCUAAGGGAGGACUAGAACUCAUGAUCUCCUGGUUACUAGUGGUUUACCACUGUCUCCUUCAAGGAUAUUUUUUUCAGUUUCCAGUCUAGUCUACUGGAAUACUUUAAGGGUCUCCCAUCCAAGUACUUACUCAAUGGUUAGCUUUCAGAAGUGGUCUGCCUUUGUCUGAAGGUUAGAGAAAGUGACUGGUCCAAGGUCGCCCAGAUGGCUCUGGGUCUAAGGUAGAACUAGAACUCAAGGUCUCCCAGUUUCUAGACUGGUACCUUAACUAUUAUUUCAAAUUGGUUCUAAUAGUUACUAUACCAUAGCUGGGCCUAAUAGUUAUUCUUGAUAUGAAUAAUGCUUAUAGCAUCUGUUUGAUCAUUUCUAUGGAAAAUUAGGUAAUUGGUUCUAGCUCUACAGAAACAAUAAAAUUUUUAAACAUACAUUUUGAUAUGUUUGUUAAUGAAACACAAGAGUAAAAGAUUAAAAGAAUAGAUGGUAAUGCAGGAAGUGGCAGCAAGAUUGUUACCUAGACCAUCCUUCUGCUUUUUUACAUGGUUUUGGUGUUUUUUUUAAAUAUUUAUUGCUUUUUAUUACUUUCUAAUGUGUGUGUGUAAUAAAAAGUAAAAUAGAAAUAUAACAAAUUAUAUCAGUCAACUUGUAGAAUCCAACAGAUAUCCAAUAAAUAUUCAGUAACUUCUGUUACUUUUUAUGUUUAUGACUACAUCUGAAAGUACAUGCUAUGUACUUUGUACAGUAUUCACUAAUGUUUGCAUGGCAUGUAUUUUCUAAUCAAACACAAAAGCUGUUUGUUUUGGAUUAACUGUUUUCUGCAAACUUGCCUCCAGUUUAUAUGCUCCAUACUUCCCAUCUGGCUGGCUGGUAUGUUGCAAAUGUUUAGAAGAUUAAACAAUUACUAGCUGCAUCACCCACAUGGGCCACCUGAUGCAAUAGCUAUUUAAGAUAAUUAAAGAACCUGCAAUAUUUGUUUUGUUUUUCUUUUACCAGGAAAUAAACUAGUUUUCAAAACAUAAAUCAUAAUGGUUACCAUACCCGAGCACUGCAAAUCAAGUCACCAAACAACCAAGUAAAUGAGUAACUGUUUAAUACAAUAGUGCUAUUGUCUGUGUCAAGGCCAAAUGGCAUCCCACCACGGACACACAGUGCCCGUUAUCAAAAUAUUAUAGGAAAAAAAAUUACAAAAGAGAAGUAAUAAUAAAAGGUACUAUUGGCCUUGUCAAACAUAAAUUUUAGGGGCUCCCUAAGUGUCCUUUGUUGAGGACUGCACUGCCCACCUGCAGGUCAGCCCCAAAUAUUAUCUGAGGCCUUGUUUUUUUAAUUGCAUUCACCACCAUGGCAGCCAUACUAAGAAAGACGUUUGACACUUCGGGAUGUGCCCUUCCUGGCUGAGGAAAUACAGGCCCACAUAUCUGGCGGAAAGUUGGUUGUAAAUAUGGAUGCUUUUAGCACACUUAAGUGAUGGUUACUUCAGAUGAUUUGCGACAUUGUGAAAAAGCGGCGAAGAGUUGUUGAAAACGAUCACUAUCGUGUCAAAAAGGAUUUGGAGAGUGUGCAUCCCUGGAAUCAACAAUGACGGCAAGUUGGCGGGGGGGGGGGAGGCUGCCUUCAGCCCAUUUAGCAGAAUCGCCGCGGGUGGCUGCCAUUAACUCCCUCGCUCUCCUGCUGUCCCGGCUCUGGCCCGCUGCAGAUGCGCCUGCGCCCCUCACCAAGACCAGGCAUGCCAAAAGUCUGAGAGGAGGCAUGUUGGAAACUACCCCUCACUGAGCCGUUCUUAUGGCAACCGAGCUGGAGCGAUAAACACUCUCCCGCGCGAGCGUCCGAGGGCAGGAAGAGGAGAGCGGAUUCGCCGGGGGUCUCACCUGCGGCCACAGCCGAGAAGACUCACCUGGGUGCCUGGCGCCCUUGGGACCUGUGCGCCCCGGUGCCGGUGCUAACCACGCCAUGGGGUGCUCGAGUAGCGCUCAGACUAAAGUCAAGGAGUUCGACCGACAAACUCCCAAAUCCCCGGAGGCCAACGGAUUGCCCCAGUGCGGUGAGUUCUCGGCGGUUUUUAACGUGCGCCAAAGCGGAGGACUCGCCCUCGCAAGAGAUGACAGCUUGCCUAUCACAGAUAAAAAUGACACAGGAUCUGACCAGACUAAACUUGAAUCUCUGGAGGAGGUGAAGCUUGGAUCUUGGAAAAAAACAGAUGAGGAUCUCCAUAAAGAGGAGCCUGAUGCUUUGAUUCAGGAAAUAACAAAAUGUGACCUUUCUACCUGUCACAGAGUAGAUCCCGAGGGUACAGAGCCUCAGCUAAUGGCACCAGAAGAAACGUUUGACAGAAGUCAAUGCUUAUCUUUAGACUUCCUUGAAGCUGGUGGACCUCAGGCUGUGGAGUCAACAGAGUUGGCUAGCAAUCCUCAAGUUGCUACAGAAGCUGCUGGUUCUUCACCUUCAGAACCUCUCCAGGAUAAGAAGCCUGAACCUACUGAAACCUCAGAAAGUGGCACCCCUGAGCCUUCAAAAGAGGAAAUCCAAUGUUUUGUAACAGAAAUUGUGACGGAACUGCUUAUGGAUGAAGAGGAACAUCUAACAGAGGUUACUGUACCAGGUGAGACAGGAGAAAAGAUGGAAACUGAGAUGCACCAUGUGAUAAUACCUGGGGCCUUAGAAACAAAAGAAGAAACCGGAGAAGCUACAUUGGUCACGGAGAUAGAACAAGCUAAUGAAGAAGAAUGACCCAUGGCUUCUGGCUGGACUUCAUGGCUAAACUUUAUGGCUUCCGGCUAGACCUUAUCCUUGAUCGUUCGAUUAAAAUUUAUAUUCCUGUUUGACAGAAAUCUAGUUUUUAUAAAAGCUUGUAUAGACUUAUCACAACUAUUGAAUACUAAGUGAAAACCAUUUUAAUGAAUUUUAAUGGAAAAAUCAAGUUGCCAAGGCACCACUGAGGAACUGCAUUGUUAAACCAUCACACCUGCCAGAAAGUGCCUUCUGCUAUCGGUUCACUGGAACUACAAAUUACAGAACACUUUUACUUGCUUUAGGUAGAAAAUAUGAAGGAUAAUAUAGCACAAAUAAUAUAAAUUGUAAAUGCAAGUAUAGUUAAUCUUAGAUCUAAGAAUUUAUAUGGUCUAAAAUAGGGUGAAAAUAACCAAAUUCCAGUGGCGUUUUUGCAGUCAUGGAUUAUUUAAUUGCAUUUAAUACAUUUCUUAGGUGAAGUUUCUUGUAAGCAUUUUAGAAUUGUAAUUCUUAUCUGGAAAGGGACAGGGUUAGGCUGAUUUAUAGUAUUAAUCUUAUUUCUUUAAUAUGGUAUAGGAAAGGAAAUACAAAUUGCAUUUCCUGAAACUAAUGAAAAUAGUGAUUGUGGUCCUCGAAAUACUUAGAUGAGCACUAGUAUGAAUUGUUGACAUUUAAAAAUUGGAGGAGAUGUAAUAUAACCUACUAAAAAACAAUUACCUUGCAAAUGUCAGACUAAAAAUGGAAUAAAUGAUUGAUUACAGUAUUCUCUUAAACUAUGCAACCAAUAAAGUGAGCAGAGCUGUGCUUCACUUUUUCAGAAACAAAUUUAUUCUUUGCUGCUAUUUGUGUGAUAUGGCUGGUCUCGUGCCUUCUCAAAAGUCUCUAAAAUGUAAUCUUAAACUUUAAAAUAAAUAAUAUAUUUGUGGAAUAUGGUAAUGUUGUCCAAAUAUAGGAGUCUAUUUGGUAAAUGUCUACAGGUUUUAUAUAAAACGUAUUAAGACAAUAUUGUCUCCUGGGACCAGGGGUUGUAAAGAACAAAUCAAGCUAGGCUAAUUAUUAUUUUUUUUCUGAACUGAUGAUCUUGCUGCUAAACCAAAGGAACGAUACGGAUGGUGUGCAGUGUGAUUGCAAAGCAUCUGUGAAGUUGUCUCAUGUAUGUGCAGCUAAGAUAAAUAAAUAUGGUAUUGCAGUCAGAUGGACUUAUAGCUGGAUGACCUGCAAGCCCCAAAGGAUGCUCAUAAAUUAUUCUGUAUUUUUCAGGAGGGAAAGUAGAGUGAUGUUAUUGGCUGGUGCUGUUCAACACAUUUUUUAAAGACUCACAAGAUGGAAUGGACGGGAAGCUGAUCAAAUGAUACAAAAUUAAGGGGAUUGACAUUAUGGACAAAGUCAACUAUUCAAAACACUCAAAUGCUGGACCAAAUCCAAUAGAAAGAUCAGAUGAAUACUGUAGGUACAGGAUUGGACAGAAUUGAUUUGGUGGGUAGGCAUGUGAGAUGCAUCUAGGAAUAACAAGGCCUACUAGCUGAACAUGAGCAAAUAGUGGUAUAGCAGCUAAAUAAAAUACAAUCUUGGUUGCAUUAAUAAAAGCAUUGUAUCCAGA